AUGAUGAUGACAUUGAUACACAAACGACUUACCAUUUGGAUCGAUGGAAGUGUUCUCUUUGGGUACAUGCUGGCGUUCAGACCACGGCGGCGAGCAGGCUCUCCUGCUGAAACAUUACGGCCGAGCACGGAAAGCAAGGCAAGGAGGAACCGGUUGUGCUUUCUGCGAGAUACCAAUACACUCCAAGCGAUAGAUUGUAAUAUGUGGCUUGCAUUGGCCUUGAAGCUUCAUUCGAUUCUCUCCCGCGCUAACGCGCAGCUUUCACAGUUUUCCUCACUUCGCCGCCAACGGCUGCUCUGGCCGUGCGAACACAUCAUGCCUUCCCAUCAACGUCGAGAUGUCAGCUGUUCGCUCUACCUCAAUUUUGGCAACUGCACGGGUAACUUCUAUCUUAGCCAAGCACUUCCUUUCUGCCCAAUGUGUAAGGCGGGUCACCAUAUUAAAAACGCGUCGUAUGCUGUGCACCAACCAAGACUUCAAAUGACCGGCCCAUAUGACGACACGAGCAGCGGAACGCGACGCUCAACACGCGGCGACUGGAUUCGAACAGAUUCCUUCACCCUGCUUGUGGCUGGACUCGCCGCCUUCAUCAGUUCAUCUCGACCCACGCUAGAACACUUGAGCACCGAACCACAACAUCAUUCACGAGUAUCCUACGCAUGCGGGCACAUCUUCAAUUUCUGCCUAAGUACAUGCGGCGGCACCUACACCUACGUGAGCCGGAAGGCCCGCGAGAAACGGGCUUCUUGCGUCGGAAGCCCCUUGAUCACGAUGAAGUCGGAUGCCAUCUGCGGACCAUGUGCUCGAACGGCCAGAGAGAAAGAAUUGAACGACGAACUCACAGCGCUGAAGAUAUCUCUAGCCAAGCCAGAUGCUGAUGGGUGGAUGAUGGAAACGCCCGAAGAAGUGCUCGCUGCCGAAUCCAAGAGGGGCCGGGAGCUUUACCUACUCUAUAGAAGAUUUCCAGAUGGAAGGGUCAAGAAGACUGCGAGAUCGGAGAAAGGUCCCGGAGCGACUAGACCGACGGAUAAAAAGAGUAUUCUGAGACAAGAGGUCACGGCUGAGAAUGUGGUGGUCAAGCACAACAUCAAUCCCUAUGCUUUUAGUGCUAGCUGGGAUGAUUGGGGCGAUGACUAUGUCAGACUUGAGGACGAGGUCGCGGAGAAUCAAGCCGCUCAAGAGGCGGCCGGUAUCACUGUAUCUUGGAUGCCUUGGGGUGGGCAGGAGAAGAACGAGCACGAUGAGUAUGAGAGGAAGGAAUUAGAAGCCGCGCGAAGGGAUGCCGUGGAGGACAGGACGAAAACGAAUGAAGAAGAGACGGAUGGCGAAGCCCAGAACACUGAUGAGUCGGGGAAGGAACUGGAAAAUAAUGAGGCGACAGAGACCUCUCUGAAGUUGACCAGCCGCAGUGAGUCCGACAGCGCGAAGGAGUUCUCGAGCAAUACACAGCCUAGUGACAAGCAAUCAACACCCUCCACCCCGUGCCCAGAUGUCGCGAGUGCUUUUCCCCCAACGCCGUUCCCCGACGCUGUGCGAGCAAAAGAGAACACGAGGCUCUUUGCACCUCCGAAGCAUGGACACGCAACUUUUCAGACCAAGGCUAGCCUGUCGUCAUCCUCGAAUGCGCCUCGCUCACCAGAGAGACAAGCGCUUCAAGAGUCUCUGCCCUGGCACGGAUAUCGCAGCCUUGGACAGCAGCUUAUGGUCAGUCUUUGA